UCUAAUUUAAAAGGGUCGCUAGAGAAUCGCAAGUCGCUAGCGACCUUAACCACGAUCAAGAUGAACUUCGCCCCCGUAACGGCAAAGGCGUUUAACGCUAUGCAAAACCUGGAUAUCGCGCAACUGGCCACUUGCAGUCAACAGGAAAUCAGGCCGCUUCUGCCGUGCCUAGUGCGGAUGAGUCUCCUAUCGCCGCUGGACAACACGAAGAGUUGGGCGGAAGCGCGAAAACAAAUCCUUUCGCUGCUGGUCGGAAUCGAGGUGGUCAAUAAUAUCGUUUCACUGCUGCAGGUCAAUUAUCACGAGCUGGAGAUCGACGUAAAGAAGGAACAGCAGAUACGACAAAAAAUUGGCUACACAACGCAAGAUUCUGCACAGUUUCACAGUCUCCCGAAUGGCAUCGUGAUGGGGUUUGAGAGGGCCGAUGGAACAAACAAGGUUCGGGUGGUCCUUUCGGAACUGUUCUAUCUCCAGGCGCAGAUCAACGAGCUGGCCGCCCAGGCGUCACUACAAAAGUCAUCCUCCAGCGAACACACCAUCCGGCCGUCGGAGCUGUUUGAUAAUGAAAUUUACCUCGAAGAAAUAGCCGACAUUAUUUGCAUUGCACUGGCCGAACUACCGUCCCUGUUGAACCUCCAGGAAGUGAUAGAAACGUUGCUGUACGUGCGCAAUGGGUGUAAGAUUGUGUGCUGGAUCGUGGCCAACAUGCCCGACUGCUUCCGCGAGGUAGUAACGGCACUGAUCACGAACAGCGACGAAGAUACGACCGAUGGUCGGGUAAAGCUGGCGGCGUUGUAUGAGUUGAGCGAAAUGAACCCCAGCCAGGCGCUAUCCAUGCGUACGAUCUGCGUGGAAACGGUCAAGAUGCCCUCGCUGAUGAUCAAACUGAGCCUGAAGGAUCCACAGAAUCUGGUUGCGUUCGUAUCGGGUCUGCUCCUGGGGAACGAUCUGAACAUUCGUUCGAGCUUUGCGCUCUACAUUCGCACCAGUCAAAAGCGCAAAGGGGACGUACUACAUCAGCUGCGGGAGGAUUUACUGAAGCAGUUGCAGAACAGUAUACUUCAGUCGGUGAACGGAUCGCUACCGGAAGAGCUGGUUGUCCAAGCGGCCGCAAUCUUGCGACUGUACUGUGCCUUGCGUGGCGUUUCGGGGAUCAAAUUCUUCGACGAAGAAAUCCAACUUCUCAUGCAGCUGAUCACGUCGAAACCACCACCAACUCCGGCGGGCAUUCGGUUCGUUUCGCUCGGACUUUGCAUGCUUAUCGCGUGCCCUUCACUUAUCGCACACCAAUCACACGAGGCGAAGAUGAUCGAGUGGAUCCAGUGGUUGAUCAAGGAGGAGGCUUACUUUGAGAAUGUGAGCGAAGUGUCGGCCUCGUUCGGUGAAAUGCUGCUACUUAUGGCGAUCCACUUCCAUGGCAAUCAAUUGACGCACAUCUGUGAGCUGGCGUGCGCGACGCUCGGGAUGAAGUUUUCCCUUCGCCCGAACACGAUCACGCGCAUGAAGCUUAUCUUCACACAGGAAAUAUUCACCGAGCAAGUGGUGGCAGCGCACGCGGUUAAGGUGCCGGUCACGCCGAACCUCAAUGCGACCAUUCCCGGUUACUUGCCGGUACACUGCAUUCAUCAGCUGUUGAAAUCUCGCGCCUUCUCGAAACACAAGGUACCGAUCAAGAGCUGGAUCUAUCGGCAGAUAUGCAACUCGGUCACGCCGAUGCACCCGGUCCUGCCGGCACUGAUCGAGGUAUACGUGAGCUCGAUCAUCCUGCCGAACCAGAAGGCAGGCAUGCAGCAAGAACAGCACACGCACAAGGCACUUUCGGAGCAGGAAAUCCAACAGGUAUUUCAGAACGCUGCCGGAUUGUGGAAUAAGGACCUACACAAUGGGAAGAGUAUCCCGACCGCCACACACACCGGCGGGGGUAAUGCGGAAAAGAUUAAAAAGGAUCACACUGCGCGCAGCGAAACGAUAGAGCUGGACGACACAGGAAAUAGACAACCGAACCUCACGCCUCAGUUACUGCUUCUAUACUACCUUCUGCUGUACGAGGACGUCCGGUUGAGCUGUAUGCCGCAGAUCAUCGUGAGCGGGCGGCAUGUGAAGAGCUACAGCAAUGAGUUUAUGUCGGAGCUACCGAUCAAGUAUCUGCUGCAGCAGGCGCAAAAGAAUCAGCACGAGUACAGUGCACUGUUCAGUCCGCUGCUCCGACUGCUCGUGACGCACUUUCCACAUCUGUCGCUGGUGGACGAUUGGAUCGACGAAGAGCUGAUCCCGUUCAACGAUAGCUCGACGGGAUUGUUCAUUGGUGAGCUGACGAUCGUGGAGGCGUUCGAAGAGAUCGAGCUUAAUCCGGCGCGCGUCAUCAAAUUGUUGAGACGCAUGAUGCGCAAAUCACCGACCGACAUGUGGCCUCUGGCACCCACCUUCACCCGGUACUUUAAGCACACGCUUAACCACACCGUACCGCUGCUACUGCAGGAGCUCUACCGGCAGGUGUGGAUGCGGCUCAAUACGAUCUUCCCCCGAAGGCUGUGGGUGAUGUCGAUCAACGCGCUGAUGCCAUCGGAUGCGGUGACGAAAAACUUCACCCUCACCCAGGAAAACAUUCUGCUUGAUCCGCUGCAAGUGUUACGAUGCGACGAGCGUGUCUUUCGUUGCUCGAGCGCUCUCACGGUCGUGCUGCGCAUUCUGCAGGCUAUUUUGGCCGCCUCGCGAAGUCAACUGUCCCGGCAUAUGCUCGAUAAGCCGCUAAUCGAUGUCAGCGGCAAUCAGGCGAAGGCGGACAACGACCGAGAGGAGCUAAAGCUGGCCCUCAUUGCGUCGCAGGAAAGUGUUGGUGUGCAGAUACUGCUCGAGGCCUGUCUGGAGAAAGAGAAAGACCGCACCAUGCCGGGGAGGCUGUGGGCGCUGCGGGAGGUACGCGGCGUGAUCUGCUCGUACAUUCACCAGGUGUUCAUCGCUGAACCGUCGCUGGCCAAGCUGGUGCACUUUCAGGGUUACCCGAGGGAGCUGCUGGCGAUGACGGUGCGUGGCAUACCGUCGAUGCACAUCUGUCUCGAUUUCAUACCGGAACUGCUCAGUAUGGCCGAGAUGGAUAAGCAGAUAUUUGCCAUCGAUCUGGCGUCUCAUCUUUCGCUGCAAUACGCGUUGCCAAAGUCGUUAAGCAUAGCGAAGCUCUGCGUAAACACGCUUACAACGCUGUUGGGAGUUCUUUCCGGUGACACGCGUAUCGAAAUGUUCCGGGCCGUGCUGCCCUGUAUCGUGCGUUUUGCCGAAGCGUUUCCUCCGCUACUGGACGAGUGUAUCCUGUUUUUGCUCCAGCUUGGCCGGAUAGUACAAUCUCAAUCGGCUCUCGGUCGUUCCACUUCCCUUCCGUCACUGUUUGUCGGACAGGACUGCAAGGUUCGUUCGCAGAGCCGUCGAUUACAGCACGCCGAGAAGCUCGUCGACGAAGUUCGGGAAACAUUUGCCAAGCUACUGGAUGUGGCCGUCCUCAGCCCUAAGAUAUACUCCCACUCGGAGGCGUAGCAGAAGUGAAGAGAAGUGAGGGUAUUAUAUAGUAAUGUGAGGAGAAUUACCUCUUCCCACACAAGUAGCACGCUAAAGGGCUUGUUAUAGUGAACAUAUGAAUUGAGAAAAAAAAGAAGAUAGAUAGCCGUUUUUACC